AUUCGAGAUAGCCAGCAGAGGGAAUCGGAACUUUGCUUGCAGCAGGGGUUGAAGCAGCCUUUUUUUUUUUUUUUUUUUUUUCUUGGAGGAAAUACUGCAGCCUUCUGGACUGCGUACGCUGCUCCCUGGAGAGGCUCUCUCGGUUCCACCCACCGGCUGGAAGGAGGGGAAGUGAAUGAAAGGACAGGACAAGCCCCGAAUACCAUGUCACUCUGGGAGGGAGACAGCAGCAACUAAGCUGUACAAGGUUUUUUUUUUUUUUUCCUUCCUUUUUUUCUUUUUUUUUUCUUUUUCCCCUUUCUUUUUCUUUCUUUCUUUCUUUUUCUUUCUUUCUUUCUUUCUCUUUCUCUCUCUUUUUUUCUUUUUCUUUAAGGUGGGGAAAGAGACAACCAAGAGACAGGAAGCUGAUCUGCAAGGAUUCGGAGUUGUGCUAAAAGGACUUUGAUUUUUUUUCCCCUUUACGAACGCUGGCAAUUGACAUCACUACAGACAGCCGGGUUAGAGAACAAACUGCCUCAUCCCAAGUGGACCCCGGCAGCUGGGGGAAGCCAGGCAAGAUCUGGGAAGGCUGUGUGUGGGUGUUUUUUCUACAGAUCUCACUCCUCGCCCUUUUUUUUUUUUUCCUUUGGUGUGUGUUUUUUUGUUUUGUUUUGUUUUUUAAAAAAAUUCUUGCUGUGUUGGAACUAGCGAGUGGUGGAGUCUCUGAAGCCUCAUCAGUCACCGGGACUGUCAGGAAUAGUGGUUUAAGAGGAAGCUCGGCCUGGGGCACUAUACCCUGUCAUCCAGUUCCCUGCCUCGGAGAUAAAGAUUCCAGCUACAUGGGCAAACGCCUGGAUCAGCCACAAAUGUACCCCCAGUACACUUACUACUAUCCUCAUUAUCUCCAAACCAAGCAGUCCUAUGCACCAGCUCCCCACCCCAUGGCUCCUCCCAGCCCCAGCACAAACAGCAGCAGCAACAACAGCAGCAACAACAGCAGCGGGGAACAGUUGAGUAAAACCAACCUGUACAUUCGAGGCCUCCCACCAGGCACCACUGACCAGGACCUAAUCAAGCUGUGCCAACCGUAUGGAAAAAUUGUAUCUACAAAGGCAAUUCUUGACAAAAACACAAAUCAGUGCAAAGGUUAUGGUUUUGUAGAUUUUGACAGUCCUGCAGCCGCACAGAAAGCGGUAGCAUCUCUCAAGGCAAAUGGCGUGCAGGCACAGAUGGCUAAGCAACAAGAGCAAGACCCAACAAACCUAUACAUCUCAAAUCUCCCCAUUUCUAUGGAUGAGCAGGAGCUUGAGAAUAUGCUGAAACCCUUUGGACAUGUCAUUUCCACAAGAAUACUAAGAGACGCUAAUGGAGUCAGCAGAGGUGUUGGCUUUGCCAGAAUGGAGUCUACUGAAAAAUGUGAAGUGGUAAUUCAACAUUUUAAUGGAAAAUAUCUGAAAACACCACCAGGCAUCCCAGCCCCCAGUGAGCCUUUGCUGUGCAAAUUCGCUGAUGGAGGACAAAAGAAGCGACAGAAUCAAAGCAAAUAUACCCAGAAUGGGAGGCCUUGGCCCAGGGAAGGAGAGGCUGGCAUGGCUUUGACUUAUGACCCCACAGCUGCCAUACAGAAUGGAUUUUAUUCUUCACCGUACAGUAUUGCAACCAACCGCAUGAUUCCACAGACAUCUAUCACGCCAUUCAUUGCUGCUUCCCCUGUCUCCACAUACCAGGUCCAGAGUACUUCAUGGAUGCCUCAUCCGCCAUACGUUAUGCAACCAACAGGUGCUGUGAUUACACCAACCAUGGACCAUCCCAUGUCAAUGCAGCCAGCCAACAUGAUGGGCCCACUGACACAGCAGAUGAAUCACCUUUCGUUGGGCACAACAGGAACGUAUAUGACUGCUGCUGCUCCUAUGCAAGGGACCUACAUUCCUCAGUACACGCCUGUGCCUCCGACAGCUGUUUCUAUUGAAGGUGUUGUUGCUGAUACCUCUCCCCAGACAGUGGCACCUUCAUCCCAGGACACCAGUGGUCAGCAGCAACAGAUAGCAGUGGACACAUCCAACGAACAUGCACCUGCAUAUUCUUACCAACAGUCUAAACCAUAAACAGGACUGAAGAAUGUCCGUCUGAAUCUUUGCCUUGAAUGAAGAAACUUCAUUGAACAAGAAGUUGGCUUCCAGUUUGCACAGACGUCAAUGGAAUGCAUUUUUUUGUUGUUGUUGUUGUUUUUUUUUUUAGUGUUAUACCUUACCCAAUGAAAGCAAAGUUUUUAUGUGCUGUGCAAAUGGUCUUCAUGUGGUCUGACAAUUUAUUUUUGCCAUCAUUUUUUUAAUUAAAGAAAAAAUUUCCAGAAAAGGAAAAAAAACUACAAAAAACAAAACAUUGAAGGUUGAUAUUUUAUGUGGAAGAACAUUUGAAUUGAAUUCAGAAUUUUUCUGAAGGUGUAGAUACUUUUUUUUUUUUUUUUUUUUUAACAGAAAACCUGAUGUCAAGAGGUGGGCAAUAGAAAUGGAAACAAAUUGUCUUCCUCAAUAAUUAAGCUACUUUCUCUUUUUCCCUUCUUGUUUUAAUCUAGUGGGUUUUUUAUUUUAUUUUUUCUUAGAAAUAUUUAGGUAAGGUUUAAUCUUGAAUCUUAAUUGCCUUAAUUUUAAGGACGUCAAAGGCUCUCGAGGCAAGCUGUCAACGUCUUGUUGAAAACAAAAAUCAAGAAAGAAUUGAAAUAUUGUGCCGGCUUUCACUGGCACAGAAGUUUAAGACUAUGAGUUUUUAGGGUGAAGAAAAAACUGUACAGUUUAAAUGAAAAUGUUUUUCUUCAUUUGAAGAAAAUUUGUUGAUAAAAGAAACCAUGGCAACUGCAAGAAUUGGAAAAAUGCUGGGACUUUUCAUGAACUUUGUCUUAAGUGUUGACAUGAAUCAUUCUAAAAGGCUAAAACAUUUUACAGUAAAGUUAUUAAUGUUGGUUUAAAAACAACUGCAUUAGAAAUAAUGCGUGUUUGGGGGGCAGAAUGCAGAUUUUUUUAAUUUACAAAGCGUGAUCGCUAGCAAAAGCAUUAGUGCUUUUUAUCUGCAGUCUUUUUUAUGAGCUUUACAAAGUUUUUAGUCAGCUUUGCUUGUCACAUUGCAAAACCUAGCUUAAGAGCAUUAAAAAAAAAAAAAAAACUUAAGUAGAUAGGAGCUUAUGGUCAAAAAGUGCAAAAAAAACAAAAAAAAAGCAAUAGAUAGAGAAAUUGUUGACAAUUUCUGUAGUCUUUCCUAGUUGUGAUCAAAUUCAGCCUAUGGAUGGCCUAUUUUAUACCAAAGAUGAAGUGACACCCUAUUACAGUCCAGAAGAUAGAGGUUGUUUUCGUUUCUUUUCUUUUAAAAAAAAAAAAAAAAAUUAUUUGACCGACAUGGCCGGACCAGUUCUUACUUUGUUGUUUGUUUAAACUACCUUCCACUGGUGUUUUACAUAGUGCAAAAAAAAAAAAGAGGGUGGGGGGAGUUGUCUCUCUUUUCUUUAAAUGUGUAUUCAUUGAUAGCAGAAGCUUGUACCUGCUGUGUUUAGCAGUUUCAGCAUGAAGAGUUCUGGAUAUCAACUAAUUGAUAGAGCCAAGUGGCUUUAAAUUCUGUGAGCUUUUCUGGUUUCUCACUAGCUGUCUUGAAUAGUGAAACCUGUAUUGAUGGCCACUAGUAAACCAAGAUGCUUAUUUAACAGGUGGAAUAUUCUUUAUAUGAAAUUUCAGCUAAAGACACAUUCUGGACCUGGUCUGAAAGGUCAUUUGUCAAAAAAGCUUAGGGAUAUUCUGUGAAAUGGUGAGUGGUCUCCUGGAAAGGUCUCAUUGUAUUUGAACAAUAGUCUUCCCUCUAAAUCACAACACCUCUGGGUUUUGUCUUUUCACCUCUGUCUUUGUCAUCACCUACCAUGAAUAGUCACCUUGGUUUUGCAAACGGGGAGGGGGUAUCUUCUUUUUGCCUGUUUUCACUGUAUUCUUGUAUAUUGGUGUUGCCGAAAGAACUUUUUCUUUCAGUUUAAUUCUUUGAGGCAUGUAGGACCAAUAAGAUUGAGAAUUCUAUUAGUGGAAUUUAGGGAAGUCCUUAAACUGCUAGUUGACAAUCAAGGAACAGUAUGAUUUAUAUCAAUAAGAAUCAGAAGAAUUAGGUUUGAUCAAUCAUUUAAGCCAAGGAGGAAUACUUGCAUUUAGAACAAUGCAAAACUUUGUCUAAAAUGAAUUAAAUUGACCCACCUGUAAAAUAUAUCUACAUUUUUAAUUCAUGAGAUAUGUGUUCAACCUUUACAGUUUUACCUGAAACUAAGGACAAUGGAAUAGAAUUUGUUAAGUGAACCAUUCACUAGAUUGCUUUCUGAACGAAUCCUUUGAAUCAAAUAGGUGAAGCUCUUUUCACAAACUAAGUCAGUCACAGGAGCCUGUCUUAGUCCAAAAGAAGCAGGGAAAUGUAUUUAAGUGUACUAUAAAACAGGGUAGGCUUUUUAAAAACUAAAAAGUUUUAAAGGUAAAUCAUAUUCCCAUUAGGUCAACAUGAGUAAUAAGGUUGACGCAUGUGAAAUUGUCAGUAUUCUACUAUUUCCGUAAACUCUGGUUCUCUUAUUUGCAACCCCAUGCAUUGGAAGCCCAAAUCAGAGAAUGACUCCAUAUAUAUAUGGUCACAUUGGAGACAAAAGUGUAUCCAAGAAAAUGUAGUGUGCGUUAUAGAGAAAUUCCAACUGGUCACACUCACCAUUAUGGUUUUUCAUGCUUUAGAGAAAAUGCUAGAUUUAUACUGUCUUUUGUUCUAUCCUUCAGCUUCCCAUGCAUUAUAAUGGUGGCACUUAAGUUUUUAUCUUUGAAAAGUGGGCCCCAAAGUUUUUUGGGGUACAAAAAGACAUGUAUGGGAACCAUAUUUUCUGUUUCUCUUUUUCACUCUCUAAACUCUUUUUGUAUAAAUAAGGAUUAUCCUGGGCAUAAUUCAUUUGAAUAUGAAACCAACAUACUUUCUUUCAUUUUUGUGAAAAAAUAACCAAAAACAUGUAUUAAUGUGAUACAAAGAAAGUCUCAUUCACACAAUCAACAAUGAGGCUAAGAGGUAGCUACCAUGUGGCGAAUGAAUGUGCCUAGGUAACUUCCUGUUUCUAUUCAAAACUGCUGCUUUAUUUGUACAUUCAGAAAUAUUUUUUUCAACUAUGAAAUUUCAAUAUCAAUUUUUUAAGCCAGUUUCUGCAAAAGGAAAUGACCUGUCAUUUGAUGUGUUCAUGUGUGUUUUGUGUUUGGAUAGUUUAUAUCACGCCAUUCUAUAAAAUGUAUGUUUUCAAACCAAAAAGAAAAAAAAUAGAAGGAAAACAAUGGCACAUACUUAAAUUUGCCCUGCUUUGUCUGUUGUCUUACCUAAGACUUGUUUUGAAGAGCCAAGUCUGGGAGAGAAAAAAAAGCAUCAACAGGUAAGCAGCAUUACAUUGUGUGAUAAUAAACCAAAAUAAGUUUUCAAUAUAUACAGACAACAGAAUUCAAAUUUAACCAACAAAAUAUAUUGUAGUGAUUUGUUUGUUUGUUUGUUUGAGAUGGAGUCUCGCUCUGUCACCCAUCCUAACUAGGACUAUAAUCUUUUUUUUUUUUCUUUAAGUAAGUUGAAGUAAAUUUUCCAUGCAUUCUGGUCCACCAGAUUUUCAAGCAUUUAUUUGGAUGUUUCCAUUUUUCCUUUUGACUUUAAUAGCCAAGACUUAGCUUAAACAUCAGGAAACAAACUAAAGCCACAAUCCAAAUGAGAGAAACACUGUCUCAUCUAAACUCUAGUUUCAUGGUCAGUGUGCAACAGUGAGUUUUCCUUUAAUAAUGGUAAGGUGUUGUCAAGGGAGGCAAAGUGUUCAUGGUAACUUGGAGCUCCCCAAUACGUGGCCAUGUCUUCUAAAGACAACAUAAUGAGCCCAAGCGAACUGAAGGUAAUACUGGCAGGUGCUGAUGACAGUUUGUCCUUGAAUGCUGACAUGUCUUGAAUAUUGCAAAUGUCAUAAUACUCUUUUAAAAAAGUCCUCUACCUGACUCUAGUUUUGCGAGGAUUAGUUUGUUUCCUUGGUAGAUUUCAACAUUUCAGAAUGUUACCUCCAAAUUUCACUUGAAUUACUUCCUCCUGUGACCUUAGCAGAUCUGUCACAUUUGAAAGCAUAUGACUCACUUCCACCCCCUUCUAAUGAAAAACUGCAUGGUGUUAAAAGCACUCCCAUUAGAAAUAUAAGGCUGAGAACUGAAGAAGGCUGUUUAAAGCAGGAAUUUCACUUUAUUUUACUAUGCCUAAAAAUACAUCUUUGGACCCCUUGCAAAGUGCUUUAAAAGUACUUUCAAUUUAUGCAUGACCCCAAAAAAGUAAUUUUUUCCCAAAAAAACCUCUUUAUUUAAAUAAUUGGGAUAUUUGCUAAAUACCUAUUUUUUUUUUUACAGUGGCCUAAAACCCCUAUUAAUGAAAAGUGAAAUUUGAUUUAAUUAGGACUCUUGCAGUCAUCUUCACGAUUGAGGAGAAGUUUCAAUAGGCUGUCUAGACAUUAUGAUGUUAAUAGGAGAUUAAAAUACAUUUGGCAUUUCAUUUUCAUUCUUAAUUUGAGUGCAUGAACCACUGCAGAUGAGCUGAUAAGCAGACAGAAAUUCUCAAGUGGGUUUCCCUAAUAAAUGUUUUUUAUAUGAUUUGAAAUCAAGUAUAGGGACAAUGUUUAUGUACAUGUAUAACAACAUUCAGCACAUUUGAGGAAUCACACACUAUAAUAAAGCUUAAACCUGUCAUAGAACCUUGAUCUAUAUUACUUUGUCUUCAGUAAAAAGUGAAGGAUGAGAUUUUGUCUUUCAUGUUAUCGUAGCUGGCAUGCUUCAAAAUUUUGAACUUACUGGGACUGACAGCCUCUCACUUCAAUCUGAGGGAUUGACAGAAUUUAAACAGGCUCAUUGAUUCUGUACACUCUACCCUUCCUGUGGCAAGUGAUAAUGGGAUUUCAUUAAUGAAUCAAUUUGUUUUACAAAUGACAUCCACUGUGGCAUUGGAAGACAGUUGGGUCUGACUCAAGUUUAACAUUUCUUACCAAACAUUCUUAAGUAUGAAAUUGGUCCUUUAAUCCAAAUGCUCUUGGUCAUGGCUGUCCUUUGCGGAUUACAUAGCAUUCAGGAAAGUACAAAAACUAAACACUAAAUCCCCAACUGGCCCCAAAGACCUUUUAUGAUGUGAGAGACAAGAGUUCACCCCAGAUUAAUUUCUUUUAUCAUUGGCUUUAUACUCUAACAUAUAGAUACUCUCUAUAGCAAAAAAGGGAUGAAUGGCUUUCAAUAUUCAUUUGUUUAUUUUUGUGAGGGAAAAUAAUAUAUCAAGAAAAUUUUCUUCCACUUAGAAAGCUUUAAAGCUGAAGUAGAGGUGCAGUCAAGCUUGGAUCUGCAGGAAGAACCACUAGGCCACUGAGUCAUACUUGAGCUUUUCUUACUACUGCCCCAAUUUCUAAGUUGUGCAUAAAUACAAUCACCUCAAUUUUUGAAGGGCUAAUUAUCUACUUUGUGGGUGUGUUUCGUUUUUUCUUUUCAACAUGUAGGGCUUGGGCUCUGUUUCCUUUUAUUAGCAUGUCACCUGAGGGUGGAACAAACAAUUGGAAAUAAAAUUUGAUUAUUUUAUUUCUUAUAAAGUAUUAAUUUCUUAAGGGAGUUUGAAAUCAUUGGUAAAAUUAAUGUCAGUACAUUAUAUGUCAUAAAUUUUGAUUAUCUAUAAUGUCUUUUCUUAUCUACUACAAAUAAUUGAGAGUUGUCUAAAUUCAUGCAGAAUAUACGGGGAAAAAAAUCAUAGCAAAGAAUUCAGCUUCCCUCAAAAGAAAGCUAUUUUUGUUUCCUUCACUCCACUAAAUUUGAACCAGUAGCAUGGAUCAACAUGACUUCUGCAAUGAGAGUAUAAUGGUAGCUCUUGGUACAGUCAUAUUCAUAUUUUUAAAUCUUUGACCAAAACUAUUGCAUUGUUUUCGUUACAUUUUGACUGCGUUACUUAUUAAGGCCGAAUGACUUUGACACCCCCAUGGAUUGUUUUUAUGAUCACAUCAAAUUUAAACAAUGUCCAAAGUGUAACUUUAAUGUUAUAUUUUGUUUCAAACCCUCUGGUCUAAGAUUAUUGAGAAAGAUGUUUUUUCCUCCUCCCUCAAAUAUGUUAUCUCUUCAUAUAUAAAAAAAUGAGUUAUUCCAUGCUUUUCAGGAACCGUAAAAAUUAUGUCAAAAAGAUAUUUGAAAAAGUUUUCUCUAUUCUGGACAGAAAUGCUUCCAUUUAUUUCAAAAGAAGAAGAAGAAAAAUGGAAUCUUAAUUUAAAAAAAUAUAUGUAGUAGUAUCUGCUAUGAGAUAUUCAGUUUCUAUAAAAAAAAAAAAAGGGACACAACUUCUUUUAAAACCCUUGUUUCAGUCCAUAUUCAACUUCAUGGAACUUCUGAAACAUCAUUCAAUUUUGAACUUUAUUUAAGAGCAUUUUUGUACUGCUGUCUCUGACUGUCAUGGAAACUUCUGUAAUUCUAAGGUGUUUCUGGUUUUAUUUUUAAUUUCUUCAUCUGUACCACAGUCAAAUUAGCAACCAUCUCCCCCAUCCCUUGGGCUUUCUGUAGAUCAGUGGAUGUUAGGUUUAAACUGUUUUCUUUGAUGAAGCUUUCAAUAAAAAAUGAAAAUAAAAUCAA